GAUUGAGUAGUCUCAAUAAACAAAGUGAUCACAUCGAUGCUUACCCUAUUAAUUUUCAAUCUGUCUGUGCAGGAAUGGAGGAAGAAAGCGUACAUCCGGCUACUUUCAAGGAUGAUGGUUUCCUUAGGCAGAUCAUCACGAGCUACAAUGUGAAAAAUAAGUCACACUCAGCUGAACUUCCCAAUUCUUGGGAUUGCUUGGCACACUUUGCAGGUUCAAACGAUCCCAUGUCAAAAGAUAAAGUGGAUCCCUUGCAAGACAACAUCUUGGUAGUCAUCACUGACCGAGAGAACCCUUAUUCUGAAGCCCCUUCUUCCCUUGAUCUUAAACGUCUACCAUUAAAGGAGGAAGAACCGACAAUGGAACCGAAGUCUGAUACUUCGGAAUGUGUUGAGAUUACAUCACUUCUUAAAAAGUUUUCUAAACUUUAUUUACGUGUAGUCUCUGAUUCACCAUGGAGUACUAACGUUGAAACUUCUUCUGUCACAGGUGAAUCGUAUAUACGUUGGAUACCUCAAGCUAUUCAAUGGAAAAUUUCUUAUGAGGUACAUAAGUCUCUCUGGAAAGUCAUGCUCCAGGGCGCCCAAGCCUAUUGCAAAAAGGGCUUUUGGAUGAUCUUGCUGAGGAACUUACUGAGAGACUUAUCACGAUAUUGGCCGGAAGAGGAACCUUGCAGCAUGAUCGAGUAUUCAAUGUUUGUGGGUAACAUUGCUGCAAACCCUCACGAGACUACAACUCGUCCACUAGGGGCAACCUAGGGGUUUAAAGGCUUGUUGCAUAUGCUAAAUGCAAUCGAGAGCACCUGCGAAAGUGGUAUAGGUAGGAUUUUAUUUUUAUUUUUGUUGGUUCUCUCUCUUGU